AGAUUUUUGUAUUGAAAUAAAUUCUUUUUUCUUUACUGAUGAAGAGCGCGCGUAAUCUUGGUGUAUGCGUGUGUGUAAAUAAUUAAUUUUUAAAGUUUAAAGUUUAAAAUGUUUCCAAUUAAAAACUGCAAAAAAAAGAUGGCUUCAAUUAUGGAACAUGAUGGUUAAUUCUUUUUUUUGUGACAACAGCAACAACAACCACAACAACAAAAAGAUGUGGACACUCAGAAAUUUAUCAGUUUUUUUUUCUUGGAACAGGAUUGUUGUUUGAUGAGUUGUUUUUGAAAAAAAUAAGAGAAAGGCCUGCUGCUGUUAAGGUAAUAUUAACACAACAGUGGAAAAACUUGAAUUGGCUUGAUAUUUGUUGUCUAUCAUCAUCAUCAUCAUCAUCGAAUUUUUGUUAUAUUGAAUUGAAUUGAAUACAUUUUAUUAUUAUUAUUAUUGAAUGAACAACAUCAACAAAACACCAACAAGAAAAAAGAAAUCUUUAUACAUUUUUGUGAAUAGUUAAAUGAAGAUGUCAUCGUCGUCAAACGGUCAUCGUAUAUCGUUGACCGGUACAAAUAAUAAUAAUACAAUUGUUGCAUCUUCCAUUGCUUUAACACCAUCAUCAUCCAUUCAUGGUGGUGGUCAUUCAGCAACACAAUCAUCAUCAUCAUCAUCAUCAAUUAUUAAUUUAACUGGACAACAUCCAUCAACAGCAACGGUAUCGGCUACUGGAACACUUUUGCAACAUCAUCAUAAUAAUACUAUAGUAGGAAUGGCUACAACAACCCAAAGACAGAAUUGUUAUCUAUGUGAUUCACCACGUAUGCCGUGGGCAUUAUUGCAUGAUUUCUCAGAAAUUGUAUGCCGUGGUUGUGUUAAUUAUGAAGGUGCUGAUCGUAUUGAAUUAAUCAUUGAUAAUGCUCGACAAAUGAAACGUGCAACUGGACAUUUAAUUGCACAACAACAUCAUCAUCAUCAACAACAACAACAACAACAACAACAUCAUCAAACAGCAGCAAUCAAUCAUCAUCAUCAACAUGCUAUUGCAGCAGCAGCUGCUGCUGCUGCAGCCGCUUCUGUUCCAUUUGUAAUUCCACAAACCGGCAACACCCAUGGCGUUGUUACACCUACUAAUUUAACUACUAAUGAUCAUCAUCAACAGCAGCAAGUAGUAUCAGCUAAUCUACUUCGAUCAUCAGCGGCUGCUGCUGCUGCUGCUGCUGCAUCGCAACAACAAUCCCAACAAACAUUUAAAUUAAAUGGUUCAUUAACGGGUUAUGGUACAACAGCAGCAGCAAUUGAACAUCGAUCACAAUCAGUUGGAUCAUCAGGAUUGUCAUCAUAUGAAAAUUCAGGUCGUGGAAGUUCACCACGUACUUACGUAACAAAUCCAUCCUUAACAUUGGCAUCUACAACACUUGUUGGUGGUGCUGGUGGUGUAAGUUUAUCAUCAAGAAAUUCUUCCGGACCGUCACAAUCAUCAUCGACAACGACGUCGGGAAAACGUACGAUACAUAUAGCUGAUGAUAUAAAUGAUGUUGAUGUAGUUGUAUCAAAUACACAUCGUACACAUUUAGUUUUGGAUGAAAUGAAUGCUGCCGUUGCUGCUGCCGCUGUAUUAUCAGCUGGAAAUCGUCCACCAUUAACACGUGGUGAAUCAUUGCCCGCUGUUAUGGCAGCACCAGGCAUUGCAUUAGCAAAUGAUCCAACAUUAAGGAAAUUAUCUCGUGCUGACCAACUACAUCAUUCAUCACAUCCAUCAAUGAGUCGUGUAAUGUCAUUCGAUUCAACGGUUUCAGCGAAAAAUCUUUCCGCAUCAGGUAUUGGCAUGACGAAGCCAUUCUAUUCAGCUGCUGUAGCGGCUGCCGCCGCCGCUGCUGCUUCAGCCACAUCACCACCAUUGAUUGGAAAUCAAAAUUCAAUCAACACAUCAUCAUCAUCAUCAUCUUCCACUAGUCUAUUGCCCAUUAAAAAAUCUCGAACUUCAAAUCAAUCAUUAGUUGAUCAAUCGGUAAAUAGUCAAAAUCAAUUAACAGUGCCAUCAUCUACGGCCAAUUCAAUGGUCAAUUCUCAUCAUCAACAACAACAACAACAUCAUCACCAUCAACAACAACAACAACAAUUGAGUAAUCAUCAUUCACCACCAUCAUCAGCGACAGCAACACCACCAGCAGCACCAUCUAAUGCAUCAUCAUCAUCAACGCAAGCGACAUCGGUACAAUCCCCACCAUUAAAAUGUACAUUGUGUCAAGAACGAUUGGAAGAUACACAUUUUGUACAAUGUCCAUCAGUGUCAACGCACAAAUUUUGUUUUCCAUGUUCACGUGCAUCGAUUAAACAACAACAACAAGCUAAUGCUAUUGUUUCUGGUAAUAUUGGUGGUGUUGGUGGUGGUAAUGGUGAAGUCUAUUGUCCAAGUGGAGAAAAAUGUCCAUUAAUGGGUAGUUCAGUACCAUGGGCAUUUAUGCAAGGCGAAAUAUCAACAAUAUUGGGUGAAGAUAAUACACACAAUUCAUCACAAUCGAUUAAUAGCAAUAAUAAUAAUAAUAAUGUGGCAAGUAGUACUGGUGGUAAUCAAUCAUCGACUACCACUUCAUCAUCCUCAUCAUCAUCGACAUCAUCAACAACAACAACGGCCAAUAAUAAUACAAAUUCAUUACCACCACCACCUGGAUUAACGGUUGCAACAUCUAUAUCAACGACAAAUGCAUUAACCGUUGAUCAUCAUUCAAUUGCAACAAAUGGUUUAGCGACAGCAGCAGCAGCAGCAAAUGGUCAGCCAUUGACAACAACAACACCAACAACAACUGUACCAUUUAAAGUAGACAAUCAAAUCAUAAAUACCGAGAGUAAAGGAGAUUGGAAUUUCAAAUGUUGA